AUGGGGUUAUUCAGAGGUUUUAUUUUUCUCCUAGUCCUGUACUUGCUGAAUGAGUCAAACACUUCCUUCAUUAAGCUGAACAACAAUGGUUAUGAAGACGUUAUCAUUGCCAUAGACCCUGGGGUGCCAGAAGAUGAAAAAAUAAUCGAACAAAUAAAGGACAUGGUGACUACAGCUUCUACAUACCUGUUUGAGGCUACAGGAAAAAGAUUUUUUUUCAGAAAUGUAUCUAUACUAAUUCCUGAGACCUGGAAGGAAAAUCCCCAGUACAAGAGGCCAAAACAUGAAAACUACAAACAUGCAGACGUUAUAGUUGCCCCACCUACCCUCCCAGGGAGAGAUGAACCAUACACCAAGCAGUUCACAGAAUGUGAAGAGAAAGGAGAAUACAUUCAUUUCACCCCCGACUUCAUACUCGGAAAAAAACAAAAGGAAUAUGGACCAUCAGGUAGAUUAUUUGUCCAUGAGUGGGCUCAUCUCCGAUGGGGAGUGUUUGAUGAGUACAAUGAAGAUCAGCCUUUCUACAGCUCUGAGUCAAAAAAAAUUGAAGCAACAAGGUGUUCUACAGGCAUCUCUGGUAAAAAUAGAGUUUAUAGUUGUCAAGGAGGCAGCUGUUACACUAGACAAUGCAGAAUUGAUUCUACAACAAAACUGUAUGAGAAAGAUUGCCAGUUCUUCCCAGAUAAAGUUCAAACAGAAAAGGCAUCGAUCAUGUUUAUGCAAAGCAUUGACUCUGUCUCUGAAUUCUGUAAUGAAGAAACCCAUAACAGAGAAGCUCCAAGCCUACAGAACCUAAAGUGCAAUUACAGAAGUACCUGGGAGGUGAUCAGCAAUUCCCAGGAUUUUAAGAACACCACGCCUAUGGUGGCAGCACCCCCUCCACCUGCCUUCUCAUUGCUGAGGAUCAGUCAAAGAUUUAUGUGCUUAGUUCUUGACAAGUCUGGAAGCAUGUCUAAUUAUAACCGACUCAAUCGGAUGAACCAAGCAGCAAAAUAUUUCCUGCUACAGAUUGUUGAAAAUGGAUCCUGGGUGGGGAUGGUUCACUUUGAUAGUAGUGCCUCUAUUAAAAGUGAGCUAAUCCAAAUCACAAACAGCAGCCAAAGACACAAGCUCGUGGAGAAUUUACCUACAAAUGCUAAUGGAGGAACUUCCAUCUGCUCUGGGAUUAGAACUGCAUUUCAGGUGAUUGGAAAGCAAUACUCCCAGCUAGAUGGAUCUGAAAUAGUGCUGCUGACAGAUGGGGAGGACAGCACUACACGGAGCUGCAUGGAAGAAGUGAAACAAAGUGGGGCCAUCAUUCAUUUUAUUGCUUUGGGGGAGUCUGCUGAUCCGGCAGUGAUAGAGAUGAGCAAUGUAACAGGAGGAAGUCAUUACUAUGCGUCAGAUGUAGCCCAGAACAAUGGCCUCAUUGAUGCUUUUGGGGCCCUGACAUCAGGAAAUGCAGAUUCCUCCCAGAAGUCAAUUCAGCUUGAAAGUAAGGGAUUACAACUGAGCAGCGAUCCCUGGAUGAAUGAUACCGUGAUAAUCGAUAGCACAGUGGGGAAGGAUACCUUCUUUCUUAUCACAUGGGACAAACAGCCUCCCAGUAUUUCUCUCUGGGAUCCCAGUGGAUCCAUAAUAAAAAACUUCACCAUAGACACAGUUUCCAAAAUGGCCUUCCUCAGUAUUGAAGAAACCGCAAAGGCGGGCAUUUGGACUUACAGUCUUCAGGCAAAAGCAAACCCAGAAACAUUAACUAUUACAGUAACUUCUCGGGCAGCAAAUUCUUCCGUGCCUCCAAUCACUGUGAGUGCUAAAAUGAAUAAAGAGACCAACAGCUUCCCCAGCCCAAUGAUUGUUUAUGCAGAAGUUCUACAAGGAUACGUACCUGUCCUUGGAGCCAAUGUGACAGCUUUCAUUGAAUCACAGAGUGGAAAGACAGAAGUUCUGGAACUCUUGGAUAAUGGUGCAGGUGCUGAUGCUUUCAAGAAUGAUGGGGUCUACUCCAGAUAUUUUACAAAAUAUACAGAAAAUGGUAGAUAUAGCUUAAAAGUACGAGCUCACGGAGGAAACUCUGCCACACGAAGCUUUCGGCAUCCACGUAACAGAGCUGCAUAUAUACCAGGCUGGGUAGUGGAUGGGGAAAUUGUAGCAAACCCACCAAGACCAGAAAAUGAUGAGGAAACUCAGCCGACCUUGGAGAAUUUCAGCAGAACAGCAUCUGGAGGUGCAUUUGUGGUGUCACAGGUUCCGAGUUCUGCCUUGCCUGACGUGUACCCACCAAGUCAAAUCACAGACCUUGAAGCCACACGUGAUGGGGAUGAGAUCACUCUAACGUGGACAGCACCAGGAGAUGAUUUUGAUGUUGGAAAAGUUCAACAUUACAUCAUAAGAAUAAGCGGAAAUAUCCUUGAUUUAAGAGACAAUUUUGAUGAUGCUCUUCAAGUGAACACUAGCAGUCUGUUACCAAAUGAGGCCAACUCCAAGGAAAUCUUUGCAUUUACACCUGGAAAUAUCUCAGAAGAAAAUGCAACUCACAUAUUUAUUGCCAUUAAAAGUGUAGAUAAAAGCAAUUUGACAUCAAAAAUAUCCAACAUUGCACAAGUAGCAUUGUUCAUCCCUGAAGCAGAACCAAGUUAUCCUAGUACUACUUCUAGUCCCAGUGAAAAUUAUCCUAAUUCCACUUCCAGUCCCAGUGAAAAUAAUCCUAAUUCUACUCCUCAGUCUGGAGUUGAUAUUUCUAUACUGGUGUUAUCAGUGGUUGCGACUGUUGUAUUAUUUCAAGUACCACCAUUUGUAUCUUAA